AUUGGACGCCACUAGGUGACGUUGCCGGAAGUUAUGUUCGCCUCCAGCGCGGGAAUACGCUCCUGUUGUUGCGCAUGUAGGACAAGCGAACUAAAGUUGUCAGAGGCAACAUCGUAUCGAGGCGUCGUUGUUUAGUCACCCAGACUUUGACAUCUUCAGGAGUCAUGCAGGCCUUUUUGAAAGGAGCGACUAUCCAGACAGCCAGACCUCAGAAAGACAAGGCAGGGCCCAGUUCAGAGAAGAAAGCCAAGGCAAUUCCCUGGGUAGAGAAAUACCGGCCAAAGUGUGUGGAUGAGGUCGCCUUUCAGGAGGAGGUUGUAGCAGUGCUGAAGAAGUCUCUCGAGGGAGCAGAUCUUCCAAACUUGCUGUUCUAUGGCCCCCCGGGAACAGGAAAGACCUCGACCAUCUUAGCCGCUGCCAGAGACCUUUAUGGUCCAGAGCUGUACAGGCAGAGGGUGCUGGAGCUUAAUGCCUCCGAUGAACGAGGCAUCCAGGUCAUCAGAGAUAAAGUCAAGAACUUCGCUCAGCUCACUGUGGCUGGGACCCGCUCGGACGGGAAGCCGUGUCCUCCGUUCAAGAUAGUCAUCCUUGACGAGGCGGACUCCAUGACGGGGCCGGCUCAGGCCGCCCUCAGGCGGACGAUGGAGAAGGAGUCUCGCACCACCCGCUUCUGUCUCAUCUGUAACUACAUAAGCAGGAUUAUCGAACCUCUUACCUCCAGAUGUUCCAAGUUUCGCUUCAAACCUCUGGCCAAUAAAAUCCAAGAAGAGCGCUUGUUAGAGAUCUGUGACAAGGAGAACCUCAAAUACACCAAAGAGAGUAUAGCAGCGUUGGUGAAGGUGUCUGAGGGAGAUCUACGGAAAGCCAUCACGUUUCUCCAGAGCGCUGCACGUCUCAACGUCAACAAAGAAAUUGCAGAGAGCAGUAUCACGGAAAUAGCUGGGGUUGUCCCUUCGAAAGUGAUUGACAACCUGCUCCAGCUAAGCCUCACGGGAACCUUUGAGAAAUUAGACAUAGCUAUCAGGAACAUAGUGGAUGAAGGGUACGCGGCCUCGCAGAUCCUGACUCAGCUCCACGAAUCUGUCAUAGAGGGAGACCUGAACGACAAGCAGAAGUCGGCCAUCACGGAGAAGAUGGCGGUUGUGGAUAAGUGCCUGGCAGACGGUGCAGACGAGUACCUCCAGUUGUUGAGCCUGUGUUCGGUCAUCAUGCAGCAGUCAUCCCAGAACUAACGCCCCGCAAAGGCAAAGGCAGCGGCAGCGUCGCCUCCCGGACCGAGAAUCAAGAUUAAAAUGCUUCUAGUGGGACCAAUACAGAGACAUCAGCACUUGUUCAGAGUUUCAGUUCGGAUACUUGCACAUGGAUACCAAGCUGAGGUCGCCGCGCAGGGUGAACGCUUCAAUAUUUAGGACUCGUGUAGCUACUUACAUCAUUAUAUCACCUUUUGAAGUUUGUAAGGAAAUAAAUAUUGUUUGUAUCUUUUCA